ACAGAACUGAACUAACCCAAACGACCCACCACACCACACACACACAACAUGUCCCUCGGUGUCCCAUCGCAGAUCCUCAUGGACAUGGGCGGCGGCGCCCCGGGCAAGGGCCCCUCGUGCAAGAUCUCCAUGCUCUGGAACUGGACCGUCAUCGACUCGUGCUUCCUCGCGUCGUCGUGGCACGUCCGCACAAAGGGCCAGUUUGCGGGCUCGUGCCUGGGUGUCUUCUUCCUGUGCGCAGCCAUCGAGCUCGUCCGCCGCCUCGGAAGGGACUACGACCGCCGCCUCGUCGCGUCGGCCGCGGCGCGCACCGUGUCCGUCGAGGACGGCAGCAACGGCAGCGGCAGCCCCAACAAGGGCGUGUCGGGCGUGUCGGGCGUCCCCCUCCUCUCCGGCCCGGGCGCAGGCGCGUUCGCGCCAAACUGGUUCCAGCAGGUCUUCCGCAGCGUCAUCUACGGCUCGCAGUUCACGGCGGCUUUCCUCGUCAUGCUCCUCGGCAUGUACUACAACGGCUACAUCCUCAUCUCGCUCUUCCUCGGCCAGACGUUCGGAUACUUCCUCUUCGGGCGGGACACGGUCGGCGCGGCCGAGGGCGUGCACUCGGGGUGUUGUUGCUGAGCAACGCCCCCGUGGCACCGACUGACGACGCGAGCCCGUUCUUGGACUAUAGUGACCCCCCUCCCAAGCCUAUGCACCACUCUCAUUACAUACAA